AUGGCAUACCGCAUACCUUCCCGAGUAGCAUUAUCACGAAUGUCCACACCUGGAAAAGUGCCAAUUGUCGCGUGCCACCCGGUCGCAAUAUCCCAAAUUCAGCAGAGACAUAGCUCGCACUCGCCAUUAGGCUCUCCACCCACCAUUCAACGGAAAAAAAUCACUCUCGAGUCACUCCGCUCCUUGUAUAAGAAGAAUGAACCAAUCACCAUGAUCACAGCCCAUGACUUCCCCAGUGGUCAUGUCGCCGAUCACGCAGGCAUGGACAUGGUGCUUGUCGGAGAUAGUCUGGCCAUGGUGGCUUUGGGCAUGGAAGAUACAAGUGAGGUUUUGUUGGAUGAGAUGAUAUUGCAUUGCCGGAGCGUAUCACGAGCCACCAAGUCGGCGUUCACAAUCGGUGAUCUCCCAAUGGGUUCGUACGAAGUAUCACCGUCGCAGGCGCUUGAGUCUGCCAUACGCGUCAUCAAAGAAGGUCGGGUACAAGGUGUCAAACUCGAAGGCGGUACCGAAAUGGCGGCUGCUAUCCAACGUAUCGCCAGUGCUGGCAUUCCUGUCCUUGGCCAUGUCGGACUCACUCCCCAACGCCAGAACUCGCUCGGUGGCUUCAGGGUGCAGGGUAAGACUACGCUUGGCGCCCUGAAGGUCCUCGAAGAUGCUAUUGCUGUUCAAGAAGCCGGCGCCUUUGCAGUCGUCCUCGAAGCUGUACCGGCAGAGGUCGCUAGUCUAGUGACCAAGAAGCUGCAGAUCCCAACGAUCGGGAUUGGCGCUGGCAAUGGGUGCUCUGGUCAAGUGCUUGUGCAGGUAGAUAUGUCGGGUAACUUUCCGCCCGGAAGAUUCUUGCCGAAAUUUGUCAAGAAGUAUGGGGAUGUUUGGGGUGAGAGCAUGAAGGCUAUGCAAGCAUAUAAAGAGGAAGUGAAAAAUCGGUCGUAUCCAGAACCGCAGCAUACCUAUCCGAUGCCUGCUGAUGAGCUAUCCCAAUUUCAGCAAGCAAUUCAAAUCGAGUCGGUCUAA